UUUUGCAGUUACAUUCAUAGUUUAAAGCUUGAGUUUAGUCACUGUGUUUUGUCUGAAAAGAUUAUUAUUACCUUAUCAUUUGAUCAUCAAAAUUUUUAUUGUAAAUUGUUUCUUUCUUUACAUUUCUGUGAUUUAUUUAACUAGUGGUAACAGUUUGUAAAAUGCCUCUUGCAAAUUUAGAUGUUCCCUGGCAAAAGGAUGAUUCCGGUGUUCAGCUUGCAGAUUCUUGAUUAUAUCGCAAAAAAACUUCUUCGUCCAACAGGUUAUUUCAUCUACACCAAGUCCCGAAGAGAUGCCACCGAUUGAUAAUAAUGAACAGGUUCAACAAAUGGAAACUGAUGGUUCAACUAUACGGGAAAUUGAGGUUACAAAUGUUACCAAGGAGGGUCAUCCAGCUGCCGAUCCAAACCAAUUUGCAUUGUUAAAAGUUCUAGGUGAAGGAUCUUUUGGUAAAGUUUAUUUGGUCAAGAAAACAAUUGGACCGGAUGCAGGCACAUUGUAUGCCAUGAAAGUCUUAAGAAAGGCAACUCUCAAAGUUCGUGAUAGAGAGCGAAGUAAAAUGGAACGAGAUAUUCUAGCUGAGGUUAAUCAUCCUUUUAUAGUGAAACUUAAUUACGCCUUUCAAACCGAAGGAAAACUCUAUUUAGUUCUAGACUACUUACAUGGAGGUGAUCUUUUUACAAGGCUUAAUCAUGAGGUCAUGUUUACCGAAGAAGAUGUCAAAUUCUACCUUGCUGAACUUGUCCUUGCUCUGGAUCAUUUACAUUCACUUGGAAUUAUUUACAGAGAUCUUAAACCUGAAAAUAUUCUCCUAGACUCUGGAGGUCACAUUAAAUUGACUGAUUUCGGCUUGAGCAAAGAAUCUCUUGCUGAUGACAAAACAUAUUCUUUUUGUGGAACCGUAGAGUACAUGGCACCUGAAAUAAUUAAUCGUAAAGGUCACACUGUGGCGGUUGAUUGGUGGUCUUUUGGUGUUCUCAUGUUUGAAAUGUUAACCGGAGCCUUACCAUUCCGUGGUGGCACCAGAAAAGAGACAAUGAAUCAGAUUCUCAAGUCGCGGAUUCCCAUGCCACAAUAUUUAAGUGUACACGCUCAAUGUUUAUUGCGAUCUUUAUUUAAACGUAAUCCCGCUAAUCGAUUGGGUUCAGGUGCCAAUGGAGGUAAAGACAUCAUGGAACAUGCAUUUUUUGAAACCAUUGAUUUCACUAAAUUGACCCGUAAAGAGGUUACACCACCUUACAUUCCGACAGUUGUCCGUGAUGACAAUCUAUUUCAUUUUAAUAUUCAAGAAGACUCUCCCGGAGUUCCUCCUAGUGCCAAUGCCCAUGCACUUUUCAAAGGGUUUAGCUUUAUUGCACCUAGUUUAGCCAAUAAUCUUGAUAUGGAAUUGGACAAAGUUACAAAUGGUUCUUCCAUGGUUACCACUCGACUCAAGCAAACUGGAAUAAUAUCCGCAUGUAUGGGUCGAUCAUUAGAUGAAUAUGAAUUUUGUAAAGAGCUAGGCAAAGGUUCAUUUUCAUAUUGUAAAAUGUGUAUUCACAAAGAAACUCAAGUUAAAUAUGCUGUAAAGAUCAUUGAUAAACAAAAAUUUGAUUGCUCUGAAGAGAUUGAAAUACUUUUAAGAUUUGGUCAACAUUCUAAUAUAGUUACUCUUCAUGAUGUUUAUGAAGAUAGUGACUGUGUUUACUUAUUCAUGGAUUUCCUGGAGGGCGGUGAACUAUUGGACCGUAUACUAUCAAAGAGAAGUUUCAAUGAAAAGGAAGCCAGUGAAGUUCUUGAAAUUAUUGCUGCAACCAUUAAAUAUCUUCAUGAAAAUGGGGUUGUCCAUCGAGAUCUUAAACCAUCCAAUAUAAUGUAUGCCGAUUCAUCUGGAGCUCCUGAGUCAAUAAGAAUCUGUGAUUUUGGUUUUGCCAAACAAAUGAGAGCUGGAAAUGGUUUACUCAUGACACCCUGUUACACAGCCAAUUUUGUUGCCCCUGAAGUACUCAAAAAACAGGGUUACGAUGAAGCAGUGGAUAUAUGGAGUAUGGGAGUGUUACUUUACACCAUGUUGGCCGGCCAUACUCCUUUUGCCAAUGGACCAGAAGAUACUCCAAAUUCAAUAUUAGGUAAAGUUGGUAAAGGAGAGUUUGAUCUCAAAUCAGGUAAUUGGAGGAGAGUUUCUGAAACUGCUAAGGACCUUGUGAGCAAAAUGCUCUUGGUUGAUCCAAAAAUACGUUAUCGAGCCGAGAAUGUCUUAAAUCAUGAUUUUAUCCGUAAAAGAGAUAAAUUGUCUGAUGCAAGUCUAUCCCACCAAGAAGCAAGUUUAAUUAAAGCCAACAUGGGUCGAGUCUUUGAGGCUGUCAAUGUACCACCGCCAAUCAAUUUAGAACCUGUUAAUCAAUCGAAAUUAGCUAAAAGACGAGCCGAGCGAAAGUCAAAUCUUGAAUCCUGAUUGUGAUUCUACCAAGACUAACAAGUGAAGAUUGUUGAAUAAAAGUAACAUUGAAAAGGCAACUUCAAAAAAAGAAGCUGAGAAUAAUCAAGUUAAUCAAGUCCAAGAUCCAUAUUGAUCCAAGCUUAAAAAAGGAUAGGACAAAGAAUAAAGAAAUAUGGAAAUUCAAGUCUAUUAUUUAUUCGCCAAGUAAUUUGCUGCUUGAGAAAAUGCUCUUUUCCUAAUACAUCCACAGCAGUUCGAUUACUUGUCCAGCUUACUAAGCAUUUUAUCACCACAUUAACGCUCUUUUCCUUUCAACCUUCAAAUAUCAUGGAAAAAUACAUUGGAAGCUGAAAAAAGGCCGUUUACACAUCGGAUUCAAUUCAUUCUCUCUCUUUUUUAUUAUCACUUAUCAUUAAUUCAUAUUUUUUCAUAUUAUUUUUUUGGCACAAUUUAUCAUAAGUUUAUCCAAAUCUCAUUAACAAAGCAUACAAAGCCAAUCACUGGAUUCUUAUUUUGCCAUCCGAACAAUGAGAAUCUAGUAAAAAUAAAACGAAAAACCAAUCAGA